UCACUGCGCAAACAGUGUUUUUGUAACGCUCCCAUUUAAAAAAUUAAUUUAAUCGGUUUAAAAUUAGUUAUUUGCCAUGGAACUUAUACCAAAAUAAUCGUAAUUAAUCAGUGAUUGUAUAGUGCUUGUAGUUUGUUAGAGUUUGUGUCAGAAUUAAGGACAAAUCAUCUAAAACAUUUCACAACAAAAGUGCGCGUGAAUAUAGCGAUCGUUUUGAAGAAAACAAGUAAAGAUCUACUGAAUCGCGCGGCGCUUGUGCUGUUCUGGACGUUAACUUCGCCGCUGCCAUUUCCGAGAAUUUUUGGUGACCUCGCUCGGAUUUUGAGUAAAAGUCGGACUUUUGUGAAUACUUAAUUGAUAUUUUAGAUCAUAAUGGCUCCAGUGAAGUGCGUUCGUUGCGACAAAGCACCUACCAGCAAAGAAAUCUUAGUCUGCUCCAUUUGUAAACACACGUAUGACAUUGAAUGUGCAAGCGUGACCUACGCACGAUGGAGUCUUAUGAACCCGAAGCAAAGAACCAGCUGGAAGUGCUCCACAUGCUGCGAGCAAGCCCUGCGGACUGCACAAAAUGAUAGCAGUAGCGUAAGUACGCGUGCAAGGACAAGCAAGCCCACGAACGAUGUUCAUUCCAACACACCUUCGCCUACAAAAAAUAACGACGAGAGCAGCCUUGUUAAAGAGAUGCAGUUAUUUAGAGCGGAAUUUGCAGCGUUACGCUUAGAGCUAACUAAUAUUAACUCCAAUUUUGAAAAACUCUCCCUCGCAGUUAAUACGCUAGAAAAUCGCAUCGGCACCCUAGAACAGAGAGUUCAGACUUUGGAGGAGCGCCCCGAUCCACCGACAAGCGAGCAGAGCGAUCUCAAAGAAUUGACGGACACCGUGGAACGUCUAAAAUUGGAGCUUAACGAACGAGACCAGGAAUUGUUGUCCACUGAUAUAGAAAUAAGUGGCAUCGCUGAACAAAAUAGUGAGAAUCCGAUACACCUAGCGGUUUUAGUAGCCCAAAAGUUGAAUGUAGAGAUAGAGGUGCGAGAUAUAGUAAGUGCAGAACGUGUCGGGUUGCGGCGUGUAGCGGGCGACGGCGACGGAGGCAGUGACGGCAGACCGCGGACGCUGGCGGUGCGGCUGGCACGGCGUGCGCAGCGGGACGAGCUGCUGCGCGCGGCGCGACGUGCGCGCGGCGCAGACACUGCCGGCUUCGACCUUCCCGGACCACCUCGCAAGUUCUACGUGAACGAGCGGCUUACGCGUGCAAACCGCCAGUUGUUUUAUAAAGCGCGACACGAAGGGGCACGCGCUAACUGGCGGUAUAUUUGGACCCGUGACGGUCGCAUCUACGCCAGGCAUCAACCGAAUACUCAAGCUCAAAGAAUUCGCACUGACGAAGACCUAACAAAGAUUUUUGGCAUUGCUCCUGUUUGAGCUGGUUUGACAUUAAUGUGCAAUACAAAACUUUAAUUUGUUUAUCCGUCUUAUACCUAAUAUUAUCUGUGAUCGUAAUUUUAGUCACAAAAAACUUUAAUACCAGU